UAAUGAAUCUACUCCGGAUGUGGGGCCUACCUCUGGGGUUCAACCGGGAAGUGUAUCUUCUCAAGUGGAUUACACACAAAGCUUGGCGGGUUUGCACUACUCACAUUCGUCUUCUGGCGUUUGGAAUGGGCUUGCCCAUAAGAAGAUGGGCAAAAAGAUGCAAGGUAAUGCAAAUUUGUCCUUUGACAAUGCGAUUGCUGGUGGUUCAAAACAUUUCAAAAGUCCGAUCAACCAAGUUAUGCUUGUGUGCAUGCACAUCUGUUGCUUGCUUUUCUACUGUCCAAUUGCUCAUUCUUCCCGUAUGUGUGGAGCUCAUGCCCUUGAGUGUAGAGCUGAAACUCAAGACGAUUCUGGCACUUUUUUUGGAAACUUUACUGAAAGAGAAACACAUGAAGGAUUUUUGAAGAUGGGACAGAUGAAAGAAAAGUGUCAGAAAACAUACAAUGCUUAUGAAAAAUGUAUUCAACCACUUGAUUCCCACACAUGCAAUGAUAUACCGACACCAAAAUCCUCAACUACAGUGGUCAUCAGGCCACCGGCACCAGCUGCUGUCCAGAUUUCAUCAACAAAAAGAUCCCCUUCUUUUCAAACUGGACAAGGUGGCAAAUUUGCAGCAGUUCAAAUUGAUGGAUUGUGUAGCCCCCCUUAUUCUUUCAAAGGUGAAGAACCUCACCAGCCACUGAGUUCCAUAGGAAAAGGUAUGUAUUUGAGCUCUAAGCAACUUAAUGUGCACCCAGAUGACGAUGACCAUAAAAUAUGCAAUGCCUCAUUAUGGUCUACGAAGGAAAGCAUGGCAGUCCAGUCCCAUGUUGAUGAUACCUUGAAACUAACAUUUGAAUCUAGCUCACUAUCAAAUGCAACUUUUACAAAAGGUUUGGAUGAUAUGUAUUUGCCUACUGAUGGUAUCCAAGUUGUUCGGUACAAUGAAAGUUAUCAAGAUGGUUUAGAUCAGCAUAACCCUAAUGUUGAUUCACCUUGCUGGAAAGGAACUUUGGCAUCUCGUACUUCUCCUUUUGAUGUUGAACAUAUGCAUCCACCUCAAGAGAAUCAUCGUUUUCAUUCAGAAGUUUUUUCGGGUGCUACUUCCAGUAUGCUAUCCAAUAGCAAUGUCGUUCACAAUGAAAACGGAUCUGCUUUAGAUGGUAAGACAAAUUUGAAAGGUCUUCAAAUUGAAAAUUGCCCAGCUAAAGAUCAUCUGUCAACCGAUGCUGGAAAAGUAGAUCCGGAGUCCCAAACUCACGAUUCAUGCGAUCCAAGUAACUGCAGGACAUCCAAUUUUUGUGAUAGUGUUGAUUCUGUGCUGAACAUGAAUGAAGUGUCUCAAGGUUGCAAUGUUGCUCUUGAUGCUGCAGAGAAGGUUUUACAUUCACCUAGUUCCCAGGAAGACUCUGAGCUUGCUCACAGGCAUGGAAGGUUAUCCUAUCCAAAAUUGGAUGUUCAAACUCUGGUUAUGGCUAUUCACAACCUCUCGGAGUUGCUUCGGUUUCAGUGUUCAAAUGAUGAACCCCUAUUCAGAGAAGCACAUCAUCAGGCCUUAAAUCAUACUAUCAACAAUCUCAAUGCUUGUAUACCUAAGAAGAUAGGAACUAUGAAUACAACCCAAGAUAAGAUUGUAGCUGUGCAGAACACUGUAGAUGGAACUAAGGAAGGAUUCCACACGGAUACUGGUUUGACCCUACCUCAGAUAAAAAUUAGAUCUGCUAGCUGCUUACAUGUUCAGCCUACUAUUCAGAAUAUGCAUGGUUGUGAUGUGACAAAUGAGGAUCUGAAACCUUUUCUUUCAAUUAGUAACCCUAUCAUUCCCAAAGAGGAUAUUAUGUCUCAGGCUAUCGGGAAAGUCUUACAAGAGAACUUUGAAUUUGAUGGAGAAAUGGAAUCACAAGCUCUACUCUUUAAGAACCUUUGGCUUGAGGCGGAAGCAAAACUGUGUUCCCUAAGUUACAAGGCUAGAUUUGAUCAUAUGAAGACUGCUUUGCAUAUGCAAAAUUCCACAAGGGCUGUAGAUGAAAAUGUAGCUUCUGCAGAAAAAAAAUCAGGCUUCAUUGGCGUGUCUAGUAUUGAUGCUGAUGAAUGCUCGUUGCAUAAACCUUGCAUCCAGAGUCAAUCUGUUUCUCACUCUGCCAAUGGCAUUCUUGGCCGCAAGGGUUCUGUCACCAGCAGAUACAAUAUUUUGAAAUAUAGGGAGGAAAAUGCCUGCCCAAUGUAUGUGGACAAGGAACGAGAUUCAGAUGUGAUUCGUACUGGCUUUGCAGGCGAACGGAGUAAUAGGAGGCCCCAUAUAGAGCACGCGGCCACCGUUGAAAAUAUUCCAAGCCUACAAGCUUCUACAAGCAAUUGCGAUGCUGACAGCUCUGUCAUGGCGAGGUUGAACAUUCUGAGAGGUCGGGAUUCUUACCUAGGAGAGGAGCAGUUCGAGCCAAUGCAUUUAAACAUGUCAGAAGAAAAGAUUGGCAAUGCAGCAGGAGGCAUGGUGCCUCCUUUCCUGCAUCACCCCACUGGGAUGGCCCAUGAAAUCGGCUCCAUUGCUGCAGCUGGAAAAGAACCCACAAAAGCAUUUCACUUCUCAGCCCCAAUUGAUGCGGUCCAACAAACAAAUAUGCAUAACAGGGCAGCUCCAGCUUUGCACAAUACUUCCUCAUCUGAUUGGGAGCAUAUAGUGAAUGAUGACUUUGUUGCAUGGCAUGGUUGAGACAUGUUUUCCCCACAUCUCUCAGAUAUUGUUGUCUUAUUUUGUUUAAAGAAUGGAUGGUACGUUAGAUCCCAAUAUAUUUGUCCAGUUUGACCUUUUUUAGUCAAAUUGAAAAAACUCGGUUUCAAUUACUCUUAAUUUAUAUUGCUUAUUAUAGAGUAGUACAAUAAAAUAAAAUUCUAAAAGUUUU